AUGGCUAUCAAGGCCAAGGCUGCUUCGGCAGCAGAAAAGGAUGACAUCCCAGUGGAGUCUGGGGAUAUGCAACUUCUGGCCACUCUCGGUUACAAACAGGAACUACGAAGGCAUUACUCGACGACUCAGGUCUUUGCAGUAGCAUUCAGCAUCAUGGGCCUAUUGCCUUCUAUUGCUUCUACACUGGCUGGUUUGGGUGAAUCGAUAAAUCUCUCCAUUUGGAAAACUUUGGCUGACUCAUUGAGUAGGGUAAGGCUCUCUUGGCUCGCUCCUUCAACGUUACAAGGGGCUGACAGAAUUGCAGGAUGGCUAGCUGCUAGUGUAUUCAUCUUUAUCGUUGGUCUCGCCAUGGCUGACCUGGCUUCUGCAAUGCCAACGGCGGGAGGCCUUUAUUUUUGGACACAUUAUUUCAGUGCAGACAGAUGGAAGAACCCUCUGAGCUUUGUUGUCGGAUACAGUAAUACUAUCGGUCUCCUUGGUGGAGUCUGCUCUGUGGAUUAUGGAUUCGCUACCAUGCUACUUUCGGUUGUCUCACUGUCCCAUGAUGGUAACUGGACUGCCUCUCGCGCAGUUGUGUACGGAACGUACGUGGCAUGCGUCGUCGUCCAUGGUCUCAUAGCUACGUUCUUUGGACGUAUCAUGCCCAAGAUUCAGUCAGCGUGUAUUGUGAGCAAUGUCGGUCUCGUGCUAGCCACUGCUCUCGCAUUACCAAUCGGGAAGGCUAUCAGAGGCGGACAUAUUAACGCGGGUGCCUAUGUUUUCGGUCAUCUUGGAAAUCUCACAACCUGGCCCCAAGGUUGGGCGUUCAUGCUGGCCUGGCUCUCCCCGAUCUGGACAAUUGGGGCGUUCGACUCGUGUGUCCACAUGAGCGAGGAGGCUACUCAUGCGGCGCGCGCUGUACCUCUAGGUAUCAUCUGGUCUGCAGGCCUCUGUGGGGCUCUAGGUUUUCUCUCCCUUGCAGUAAUCGCAGCUGUAAUUGAUGUCAACUUGGACAGUGUAUUGAGUACAAACCUUGGCCAACCCAUGGCGCAGGUGAUCGCCGCCUCUCGCCAAAGUUGGGCCUUCUCGCGAGAUGGCGCCCUCCCCUUCUCCUCCUUCUUCCGCAAAGUCAGCAAAAAGAUCCGCUACCAACCUGUACGCAUGAUUUGGGGCGUCGUAGUAUCCGCUGUCAUCGUCGGUCUCCUCUGCAUAAUCAACAGCGCCGCUUCGAAUGCCCUCUUCUCUCUUGCCGUAGCCGGCAAUGAUCUCGCUUGGAUGAUGCCCAUCCUCUGCCGGUUGGUCUGGGGCCAGGAUCGGUUCCACCCUGGCGAAUUCUAUACGGGUCGAUUUAGUAAACCGAUAGCGGUCGUCGCUAUUGUGUACUUAGUGUUUGCGAUCAUUCUAUGUAUGUUUCCGACUAUGGGGCCGGAUCCAACUUCGCAGGAUAUGAAUUAUACAGUUGUUAUCAAUGGAGCGCUUUGGGGUGGUGCUCUUCUGUAUUAUGGUCUGUAUGCAAGGAAGGUAUAUAAGGGACCUCAGACAACAGUCGGCUCGUCGUCCAGUGUUUCCGAGGCAAAUAUCGGAGGGUUAUGAUGAGCAGGACACAAGUAGUCGUACUGGCGUUUACGAGACGAGACAGACUAUUUCAUCUCUAACUGCGACACGGAGCAUAUGUACGGGGCAAGGAAAGACGAACACUCAACACGAGGUAAACGAAACGCUAUUAAAUCAAUACCAUGAAUUAUUACUAUCUGCUAGAAGAUGCUACCCACCACCCCGAAUCCCACGCAUAGGUGCUCCUAUGGCAUCUUCUGUGUCGAUGUUCUUAUUUCCUUCAUAGUCUGUAGCUGAAGACCCUGAAGAGACGGUGAAAUCUCAUAAUACUCGUAGCUGUUAUCAUUCCGUGCCUUUUGAUUAUAUUCCCUUCAUUCGGGAAUCUCUAGCACAUAACGGCCGGCGAUCUUGCCUUG